GAAAAAAGGAUGUCAAGCGUGGUCUUCCUUGAUUUUGAUGAAGGACCAUUGCAGGAAGCCAUGGAUAUUAGUUGUGAGUUAUAACAUCUUAAUUCAAGCAGUUUAGUAUAAAUGUACUUAAUGGACAGACCAUCAAUAUGGAUGAUUUAGAGAUAAAUACUGAAGUCACUGGUGCUAAAGAAGAAGAAAUCCUAUGUGAUGAUAAUUUCAUAUCUGAGGAAGAAGGUGGCAUUCCUAAACCACAAGAGAGCGACACGUCAUUUCAGAAGAACAGUGCAUUGACUCUGCCUGAGGAGAUAUCAAGGGACAGAUCUGAAAAAGCCUUAAGUGGAGGCCAGGCUUCUCUAUUUAUACACACUGGUGCUUCUGCUGUUUCUAGUGAAAACUUUAUCUUGUCUAGAGGAACUGCUGUUAAUGGACCAGUUUCACACUCCACCUCAACUAAGACUUCCAUUAUGAAUAAAGGCAGUGUUUCAUUAACCACUGGACAGCCUGUAGGUCAUCACACAGAUUCCUGCUCAACUUUGACAGUGGUUCAUGAUCUUCAGCUGCCAGCAAAGAGUACAACACAGAAAUCAAAUCAGCACCAAGUUUUAUUUUUGUUACCUGAUGUAGCACAUGCUAAAAACCUGACUCAUUCCAUUAAAAAUCUACCUACCUCUGCUUCAGUUGGUUGUGAUUCACAGAAAUCAGUAGGAAAUAGUGUAGAUAGCACUUUAGUAGGCCAAGUAGAAGUUUGUGAGGAUGAUAAAAAUUUACUAGUAAAAGAUGAUUGUGUCGAUACAUUAACAGGCAUUUCCUCAGGUACAGGUGGUUUCAGAUCAGGAUGUGAUCCCAGCUGGGAUCCACAAAAAGAGUUUAUACAGUUUCUUAUGACAAAUGAGGAAACGAUAGACAAGUCUCCCAUUCACUCUAAAGGAGGCUUAGAAAAAAAGCGGAAAAGGAAAAUGGAUGUUAGUAAAAUAACACGCUAUACUGAAGACUGUUUUGGUGAUACCAGUUGUAUUCCUAGUAAAUCAGAACUGUUAAAUGUUGACUUCUUAGAGCAGAAUGAGGAGCUACAAAUAGUAGAACCACAAAAAUACUCUUUGAGUAAAGUAAAGCCUGAAUCCACAGAUGAAGAGCUGGAAGCUGUUGAUGCUAUCCAGCAGCUCAUUUACAGUCCCACUAGUAACUGUGCAGAAGAUACUUCUCCUGUUCACACUAGCGUUUUUCUUUCCAGUACUUUAAAAAACAAAUGUGAACAGAACGAUUCUGAGUCGCCGUCUACUUUCAGUACUGAUGAACCAUCAUUUUAUCCCUGUACAAAGUGCAAUGUGAAUUUUAGGGAGAAGAAGCAUCUGCAUAGGCAUAUGAUGUACCAUUUAGAUGGGAACAGUCAUUUCCGACAUCUCAAUGUCCCGAGGCCCUACGCAUGUAGGGAAUGUGGAAGGACAUUCCGAGAUCGUAAUUCACUUCUUAAGCAUAUGAUAAUUCACCAGGAAAGAAGGCAGAAACUGAUGGAAGAAAUCCGUGAGCUGAAAGAACUUCAGGAUGAGGGUAGGAGUGCACGGUUACAGUGCCCGCAGUGUGUGUUUGGUACCAAUUGUCCAAAAACAUUUGUGCAGCAUGCAAAGACUCAUGAAAAAGAUAAAAGAUACUAUUGCUGUGAGGAAUGCAAUUUCAUGGCUGUGACGGAAAAUGAACUGGAAUGCCAUCGAGGAAUUGCUCAUGGAGCAGUAGUCAAAUGUUCAAUUAUUGGUAGCGACAUGUCCCAGAGGAAAACACAGAAAAAGGCGUCCUUGAAAGAUCCGUAUUUAGGAUCCUCCAAAAAGUCGUCGAUGUAUAUGUGUAAGAUGUGUCCGUUUGCUACUUCGGCUAGAAGCAUUUUAAAAAAGCACAUGCAAUAUUUGCAUCCACCAUCAUGCAUUGAUCCUUUUGGUAGCCACCUUAGACUAGAAAAAAGAAAAGGCAGCAUAAUAGAAGAAUCUUUAGAUUUUGGUAGCAGGACAAAACAGUUGAUCAAACAAUCUUCAACUUUUCCAAAGAACUCUGUUUUAAAACAGGAUGUAAAAAGGUCAUUUGGCUCUACUUCACAGUCCAGUAACGUCGCAAAACUUCACAAGAGACCCUACAGGAUACAGAAGGCUCGGAAAAGCGUUUCACAGUCAUCUAAACUUAACUCUGCUGAAAAAAAAGACAGCUAUGAAACGGAGGAUGAGAAUUCAUGGGAUAAUGUUGAACUAUGUGAUUACACUACACAGUCUGUGGAGGACGAAUCUUACAGUGAUAUUAAUCAGGAGCAUGUAAACCUAUUCCCCAUAUUCAAAGGUAAAAUGGAAGAUCACGAAGUUGGUGAUAAGUCUUCACUUGGUUAUGAGCAGAAUGAUGGUUUUUAUUUCGAGUAUUAUGAAGAAGCGGAGGGUAGUAACUUCCUACAUGAUUUGCAUGAUCCUCAGAAUUUAGAAAAUGUAGGAUCAGCGUUGCCAAAGCAUAAUUCAGUUUUUCAUUGGACUGAUUUGUCACUUGAAAAGAAGUCCUGCCCCUACUGUCCGGCAACCUUUGAAACAGGUGUUGGAUUGUCUAAUCACGUCAGAGGACAUCUUCACCGAGCUGGACUCAGCUAUGAAGCCCGCCAUGUUGUUUCACCAGAACAGAUAGCAACAAGUGACAAAAUGCAACAUUUUAAAAGAACUGGAACAGGAACUCCUGUUAAACGUGUUAGAAAAGCGAUUGAGAAAUCUGAAACUUCCUCUGAGCAUACAUGUCAGCUUUGUGGAGGCUGGUUCGAUACUAAAAUUGGAUUGUCUAAUCAUGUGCGAGGACACCUGAAGAGGCUUGGCAAAACCAAGUGGGACGCACACAAGUCUCCGAUCUGUGUUCUGAAUGAGAUGAUGCAAAAUGAAGAGAAGUAUGAAAAAAUCCUAAAGGCUUUGAACAGUCGCCGCAUUAUUCCCAGACCGUUUGUUGCUCAGAAAUUUGCAUCAAAUGAUGACUUUUUAUCUCAGAAUGUUAUACCUCUUGAAGCAUACCGUAAUGGCCUAAAGACUGAAGAUAUAUCCGUGUCUGCAUCGGAGGAAGAAGGGCUGAGUUUCCUAAACGAAUGUGAUGAAACAAAAGCAGUACUACAUGAUGGGAAAAAAAAUCAGUCACUUACACUGAUAGAACUCCUGAAAAAUAAGAGGUUAGGAGAAGAAAGGAAUCCUGAUAUUUCUCCUCAAAAGUUUCAUAAUCAAACCGCAAGAAAGAGGUUUGUUCAGAAAUGUGUUCUUCCAUUAAAUGAAGAUGGUCCGUUGAUGUAUCAGCCACAAAAAAUGGACUUGACUAUGCAGUCAGGUAUGCCUGUGAAGCUUAGAACGUGUGUGCAUUGCAAUACGACGUUUACAAGUGCUGUUAGCCUGUCCAACCACUUACGCGCUUAUGCACGAAAGAAGAGUGCUGGACUUUUGACUGGGACAGCUCUAGACUGUAAGCAAAAGAAGUCAAGGUCAAGAUCUGGAAGCAAGAAAAAAAUGCUGCCAUUACCUCAUAGUGCUGAUGAAGUUUACAUACUCAGAUGCAGGUUUUGUGGUCUGGUCUUUCGAGGACCUUUGUCUGUUCAAGAAGACUGGAUAAAGCACUUGCAGCGACACAUUGUCAACACAAAUCUUCCACGGACUGGAGCUGGCAUGGUUGAAGUCACAUCACUACUUAAAAAGCCCGCUUCAAUUACUGAAACUUCAUUUUCUUUACUGAUGGCAGAAGCAGCAUCAUAGAAGAAGGAAACAUUUUGAAUUUUAAUUGGAUGUAAAUUUGAAAUACUUUGUCAUUUUUUAAGAUAAAUUGCUACACUAAAUUAUGUUUAUAAAUGCUAAAGACAGAAAAAUAGAAAUGGAUUACAGUAACAUCAAAAUACAUUGAAUACUUAACAGUUACAGUAAGUAGUCUUUAUAUUUUAUAUAGGGUGGAAGAUGUGUUUUUAAGGUUUAUUAUGUUUUUGUCAGUUACUGUGUUCCCUACCAAUUCAAGACCAUUACAUGUAUGGCAGCCAUUUUUAAAUUGUUGCACAUGGGUACUUAACAGGCAGAUUUUCAUAAAACAAAGAAACCACGUUCUUUUCAGUGUUACCCAAAUCAAGGCUCUGUUUAUUCCAAAAAGAAUUACAUAGUAAAAUAAGAUAUUAUUAUAUUUUGUUUGUAUGUAUGUAGUGUUUUGUAUAAUACCGAGAACUGCUAAUACAAUUUACUCGACUUAGGGCAUUAAAUACCAUGUACUUCAUAGUUCAAGAGACUGUUUCAUGCAAAUAGGGCAAUUAGUACUAUUCUAUCUAGGUGUGUGUUUUUUUUUAAAUCACAUGAGGCUUUUUGUACUAAAAAGUGGAGGGAAAGUUGUUUAAACAAAUUUCUAAGAGAACUAUGUACAUAAUACUGGAAAUUUGUGGUAAGGAAAUAUUCUUUACUUCAGUUGCAUUUCUCACUGACAAUAAAGUGGUGCAUCCAUGCUACCUCCUACUUGUCAACAAAGAUGGUAUUUACCCUUACGUUUUUGUACCAUAGCAGACUCAGUCCAACUUCCUGUAUUACAGAGCAUCUUUUUGUUAACAAGUUUGUUUCUUUAUGAUGAUUUACCUGAAGUCUGACUUGCUUACAGACGUUUGCCUCUGCUAUUUUAUUUAACACUGUAGAAAUGUACUAAUAAGCAUUGCUCACUACACGGUUAGAGUAGACUUUUCAUUUAUAAUUCUGUUUAAAAGGUUGAUCAUUUUAGAAAAUUUGAACACAGAUUGAAAUGUUUCUACAUAUGAAGAGAAUGUUUACAACUUAAGUUUUAGAGCUUGUUUUGGAUGUGAUUAUAUGUAUGAAAACUGUAACACUAUGCUCAUGCUAAGGACCUACUUACAGAAUUACUGAAAUAAAUGUGCUGUGAGGAUGGAAAUACGGUGCAGGUGUCUUGGUCAUGAAGAAUUGUGUUUGUUCAUUUAAACUGUCCUCAGAACAUGAUUUUUGUUUAAAUCAAAUCAGGUUUCUCUACAAAUCCAGUUUUGUAUGCAAGUAACAUUUCAUUUUGCUCAUAUAGGGUAACAGAUACUGUAGUUAAGCCAAGGAUAUGCAUUGAUAUUUUCUUUAUAUGUAAAUAAAGUUAAAAGCAGUUAAAACAAGAGGAGUAUUUUGGUAGAGUAUAUACAUACCUCACUGCCAGUGAAAUUGCUUUCCUAUGGUAUAUCUCCUUACCAGAAAAAUCUCUAAAUAAAAAGGUUUAAAGAAAAUCUAAAUGUC